GCUCUAUCUAUCCGCACCAAGAGUCCACUUUUUCCAUGUGACAAUCUAACAAACCGGACGAGCUUUUCCAGCGCGCUUAACAGGCUAACAGGCCGGGGCACGGUCCAGUGUGGUGGAGAAAGCUGCCGCUGAGUUGGACAAGAGCCCCAGCCAGCACGGGCAACACCUCAUCUGUGCGCUCAUCACCAUCCCCAUCGCCGCGUGAUAGCCCAUCGCACGUCGCAGCGCGCCCCUCGAGCUGCCCGUCCGCCAUACCAUCUGGUCUGCGAUUGUUGUCGCUGCCAUCGCCGCCUUCUGCACACUCUACGGGCAGGCUCUUAAGGCCCUCGAACCCUGAAAGGCAGAUUGCAUCAUGGGCUUUCUCUCCAAGCUCUGCGGCUCCUGCUGCGGCGGACGCUCCAAGGACAGCAUCUACGACCCUGUGCUGGCCGACAGCGAGCGUGAAGCUGUCGCCGAUCUGCUGGGCUUCCUUGAAAUGCGCGCUGAGACCGACUUCUUCUCCGGCGAGCCUCUUCGGGCAUUAUCUACACUCGUAUAUUCAGACAACAUCGAUUUGCAGAGGUCGGCUAGCUUGACGUUUGCUGAGAUCACGGAGAGAGAUGUUAGAGAAGUCGACCGCAAUACCCUAGAGCCCAUCCUCUUCCUGCUUCAGAACCCCGACCUCGAGGUGCAGCGUGCUGCCAGCGCCGCGCUGGGCAAUUUGGCGGUGAACACUGAGAACAAAGUCGCCAUUGUCGCACUGGGUGGUCUUGCGCCCCUCAUCAAGCAGAUGAACUCGCCCAAUGUUGAGGUGCAGUGCAACGCCGUUGGGUGUAUCACCAACCUGGCCACGCACGAGGACAACAAGGCCAAGAUCGCUCGCUCGGGAUCCCUGCAGCCUCUCACGCGUCUGGCCAAGUCCAGGGACAUGCGCGUGCAAAGGAAUGCCACCGGCGCGCUGCUGAACAUGACACAUUCAGAUGACAACCGCCAACAGCUUGUCAAUGCCGGUGCAAUCCCUGUUCUCGUCCAGCUUCUCUCCUCCACAGACGUCGACGUCCAGUACUACUGCACAACAGCGCUGAGCAACAUCGCCGUCGAUGCGAGCAACCGUGCGAAAUUGGCACAGACCGAGGGUCGCCUGGUGCAAUCGCUAGUCCACCUGAUGGAGUCUUCGUCGCCCAAGGUGCAGUGUCAAGCUGCGCUCGCUCUGCGCAACCUUGCAUCAGACGAACGCUACCAGCUCGACAUUGUACGCGCACGUGGUCUGCCUUCUCUUCUCCGCCUUCUGCAAUCAUCUUACCUCCCACUUAUUCUCUCCGCCGUUGCAUGUAUACGAAACAUCUCCAUCCACCCAGCCAACGAGUCGCCGAUCAUCGAAGCCGGUUUUCUCCGCCCGCUUGUCGACCUCCUCGGCUCGACAGAGAAUGACGAGAUCCAAUGCCACGCUAUCUCGACUCUCCGCAAUCUUGCCGCCAGCUCGGACAAGAACAAGCAGCUUGUCUUGGAGGCUGGUGCCGUGCAGAAGUGCAAGCAGCUGGUUCUGAAUGUACGACUGCCUGUCCAGUCUGAGAUGACUGCGGCGAUCGCUGUUCUUGCACUGAGUGAGGAGCUGAAGCCUCACCUGCUUAACCUCGGUGUCUUCGAUGUCCUCAUUCCGCUCACUGAGUCGGACAGUAUUGAGGUUCAGGGCAACAGUGCUGCAGCUCUCGGCAAUCUGUCAUCUAAAGUGGGUGAUUACACCAUCUUCAUCCAAAAUUGGACGGAGCCUGCAGGUGGUAUUCACGGCUACCUCCGCCGCUUCCUGGCCAGCGGAGACCCCACAUUCCAGCACAUCGCUAUCUGGACGCUGUUACAACUGCUCGAGUCUGAAGACGCCCGUCUGUCCGAAAGAAUCUCCAAGUCAGACGAGAUCAUUCACAUGGUUACCGAAAUCGCCGAACGCAACAUCGAGUCAGACGACGAAGACAACGAAGACGGCGAGGGCGAGGUGGUAACACUUGCCCGCAGGUGUCUUGAGCUGUUGGGCAACAGCCCCAAAGUUCUUAUUGAAGGGUAAUGCCGUUGCAACGCCGCAUUAGCUUCAUCGAUCAUAUCUUUGCCUCUCCUUGCCCUUAUCCUUCUGUUUUGUUAAUGCGUUCAUGUUGGACGCUGCUCGGUAUAGCGUGCUCAUGCAAGAUGCUUCAUGGCCGGCGUUCUGGGAUCAGACUAUUUCCAACAUUUCUAGCGAGCAUGGGAGGAGCAUGACGUUUACUUAUUGGCAUACCAUCUUUGUUAGCACCGCUGCUUGGUCAAGAAUAGUUGUGGCUCGAGAGAGACUGUAAUCGCUAGGGUUGGAUGAAUAGUAGAGCAGGGCGCUCUUAACGUAUGUUGUGGACGAAUUAAAAUUGGACGUAGCCUUCGAGUUUGCUAACGAGUCUAUGCC